UUGAUAGUUGCAUCCAAAGAUUACAGUGUAUUAUAUUGCAUCCAUAGAGAACUAAGAACUUCCAACCAAGUGACAAGUCCAACUUUUUAUUGUUUGUGGCGUCUGGCGGUGGUUGUUUGAUAUUUUUUAAUUCAUUCGAUUCGAAAUUUAAACGUGGGAAUUUAUAUUUUAAUUAUUUAGUACAUGUAUAAAAUAAACAUCUAUUAUACACUUCAUAUCAACAUGUUGUUAACUGAUGAAGAGUUCUAUAGGUACUUAUUUCUUGAAAAAUAAUAAAAUAAACUUGUUAUCAAUAUUUUGUGAUUAGUUAAUAGAAUGAUAGUAAAGUACUUUAGAAAGAUGAUAAGCGAUUCGCGGCGAUUUUCAAUUCAGUCAGGAUCUAUGGCUAACCCAAUAGUGACGGUAAAAGAAGGGAGUCUAUGUGGCACUGUGAACAAGUUAUACAAUGGUGUAAAUUAUUAUAGCUUUAAAGGCAUCCCUUAUGCACAACCUCCAGUGGGAAGACUUCGGUUUAAGGCUCCACUUCCAGUACAGCCAUGGGAAGGAGUCCUAGACGCCACAAAACAUGGUCCAAACUGCCCCCAAACCAAUGCAACUAGAGAGAUUUUGGAAGGAGACGAAAACUGCCUAUUUCUGAAUGUAUACACUAGGUCAUUGAAAGAUGAUUCAAAACUUCCCGUCAUGGUGUACAUACACGGAGGAGGUUACAUGACAGGAUCGGGAGACGACGAUAUGUACGGUCCAAAAUUCCUACUCAUUCAGAAUGUUAUAUUAGUCACUAUUAAUUAUAGGCUAGAAGCUUUCGGUUUCUUAUGUCUAGACACGCCCGAAGUACCCGGUAACGCCGGAUUAAAAGACCAAGUGGCGGCUUUUCGAUGGGUUAAAAAUAAUAUCAGUAAAUUUGGUGGAGAUCCUGAAAAUAUUACUAUAUUUGGUGAAAGCGCUGGCGGUGCCUCUGUGACAUUUCACAUGUUGUCUCCCAUGUCUAAAGGAUUGUUUAACAAAGCGAUCUCCCAAAGUGGAGUUUGCUUAAACGAUUGGGCGUAUGACGCCGAAGCCAAAACGAGGGCAUUUAAAGUUGGAAAAAUUUUGGGCAAGGAAACAACCGAUCCUGAAGAGUUGUUGGAGUAUCUCCAAAGCGUGCCGGCUAAAAGAUUCAUCGCCCUAAAUUUCAAGGUCGGUUCGGAAGAUGAGAAAUAUAGAGGCCUACAUGUGCGUUUUGGACCAGUUGUUGAGAAGAAAUUCGAUGAAACCGAAGGAUUUCUAACAGAGCAACCUCUAGAUUUAUUAUGCUCUGGGAAAUUCAAUCCCGUGCCUUUCAUAAUUGGGUACAACACUCGCGAAGGUCUCGUCGUAGCACACAGUGAAGCGAAAAAGCACAAUAUUUUAAACAAGUUUCCCUCAUUUUUUGUACCUGCAGAAAUUAAACGCAACGUUUCUGAGGAAAAGCUUGAAGAAUUCGGAGAACGUAUAAAAGCUUUCUAUUGUCCCGGUAGAGAUUUGACUCUGGACGACUACGACAUACUUUCUGAUAUUGCAACCGAUUUAUACUUCAUGUUCGGUAUAAAUAGAAUGGCCGAUUUAUGUUCUGCUUACUGUAAAUCGGUUUAUAUGUACAGAUUUAAUUUGUGCACCGAAUUGAACCGGUUCAAGUCGCUGGUCGGUAUGACGGACUAUGAAGGGGCGUGUCACGUGGACGAAUUGUUCUAUCUGUUCAAUAAUGUGAUGAACGAAGAUAUUUAUAAAGAGAAAGUACAUUUGAAGAAGUAUGUUUAUAUGAUAACGAAAAUGUGGGCGGAUUUCGCUAAAACAGGUAAUCCGACCCCGGAGUCCAGUUUAGGUGUAAAAUGGACGCCAUACACGCCUCACAGGAAGGAGUACCUGAACAUAGACGACAAGUUGGAGAUGUCGAGUGGUGCGGACAGGCAGCGGGUUCAGUUCCUGACCAAACUCUACACCGAGGCGGGGCUGCCCUGCUAUGUGAAGAGCAAUCUGUGACCGUAGUUUAUAAGUAAUAGCGGACGCCCGCGACUCCGUUCGCGUGUGAUAGUCUAGUUGACACUUUUUUAAAUAGUCUUAAAUUGUUCAUUACUGUACUACUAGAUUGAAAAAAAAAUUAUCAGACUUUUUUUUGACAAUAAGAGCCAAAGCUCUGUCGGCCAUGAUGAUAUGACGUCACGUUAACAAAUCCUUUACCAAACGGAGCGUCUGACAAUAAUAUUAGUUAACAAUUAUUUGGACGUUCAGUACAUCAAGUAAGGGUUCAUUUACACGAGCAGCAAGUGCUACCGACGACUGCAGUCGACUGCCGUUGACUGCCGUCUAGACGUCACUGACUGCAGUCGUCGAUAGCAGUUGCUGCUCGUGUAAAUGAACACUAACAUUGGGACGACACAAAAUGGACGUCAGCGUUUUUGAUCUUUGGAAAAUUUUAAAAAAUACAUGAUUUAUAAAUUAAGUUUUAUAAGAAAUUUAUUUUAGGUCCUUAUUCCAUGUACAAUGCGAAAUUUAUAUUGUUUAUAUUAAAUUUUAUACGAGUCAUCUACUCUAUUCUGCUUACAAAUCUUGUGGAAACUGGGAAUUUUUCUAAGAUAAAAAGUUGUCUAUGGUCCCCUAAUGUCCUUUUUAUCGCUAUACCAAAUUCCAUUCAAAUUGAUUCAGUAGUUUAGCCGAUAAAUGGUAAUAGACAGACUUACCGUCGCAUUUAUAACAUUAGUAUAAGUUUAUUGGUAUGGAUGGGUGGUACUUGAAAUAUUUAUAUCUGACAAAAAAGUUACUUGAAAUAUUUAUAUCUGACAAAAAAGUUAAGCCUACGUUUUGGCCCCGUAUCCAAUACCUUUAAUUUAAGUUAAAAAGCAUUUAUAUUGAAGACUAUGUACAUAUCUAAGUAAGUAAGCCAAUUUACAAGACCUAUUUAAGGAUCUAUUUUUAACUCAAUGUAACUUAAUGCUCAAUUUUUUAAUUUAUUUUGAUUUUAACUUUAGCUUUUAUGUCUUGUAAUAUCAAAAUGAAAGAAAGUAUAUAUCAACUUAAAUUAUUUAUACAUUUCUAAUUGAUUUAUUUAAAAGUUUGAUGUUAUACGACUAAUAAUUUAAGAUGCUGAAGAUGAUUUAAGGUGCUUUACAGUGGCAGAGGUUUUUAUGAUAUUAUUUAAUUUAUUCUUAAUCUAAAAGGGAUUUGGUAAAUAUUAAAAAAAACACAUACAUUUUAUACACUGAUCAUAUUUUUUAGAUGAAUAAAUUUUAUUAAUGUUGAAA